AAACAGAUAGCAGCCACAGUCUGGCAGGCAAAGUGGCACAUGCAGCGACACAGCUUUCAAACACUUCAGUAAGAACGCAGAGCGGAAAUGUACCCUGUAGUCCACCGCAGUGAUCACAUGGCACGCGCAUCUGCCCCGUCUCUUCAGCUAUUGAAUACAAUCAAAACAAAAAACCAACGCAGCAAUGUAGGAAUAAGCCACGGGCGCUGCAUCACUCCUCCCUCCACUCCACCACUCUCUCUCCCUCUCCCUCUCCCUCUUUCUCUCUCGUCGCCUUGACAACAGAAAGGGGCCUGUCUACUGAGUCGAGCAAAGGGAGACAUUGGUACCCAGCCAUGUCAGAAAUGGCCCCUCCAGAAGUGAGACCCAAACCAGCAAUCCCAGCCAAACCUUCGCAUGCCAUCCCCCCCCCUGCCUCAACCCUCAGCUCACCAGGGUCAGGGGGAGGGCCCCCAUUCACAUUGCUGGGAUACAUAGGGAUUGACACCAUCAUCCAGCAAAUGAGGAAAAAGACCAUGAAGGUGGGGUUUGACUUCAACAUCAUGACAGUGGGUCACAGUGGUCUGGGAAAAUCCACCCUGGUGAACACUCUCUUCAAGUCCCAGGUCAGCAGAAGGAGCUCUGCAUGGACUUUCGAGAAGAUCCCCAGGACCGUAGAGAUCAAGAGUGUGUCCCAUGUGAUUGAGGAAGGUGGGGUGAAGAUGACGUUGACUGUAAUCGACACUCCAGGCUUUGGGGACCAGAUCAAUAACGAAAACUGCUGGGAGCCAGUCUCUAAGUACAUCAGUGAGCAAUAUGAAAAGUUUCUCAAGGAGGAGAUGAACAUCGCCCGUAAGAAACGCAUCCCAGACACCAGAGUCCACUGCUGCCUGUACUUCAUCUCUCCUACUGGACACUCUCUGAGACAACUGGAUGUGGAGGUCAUGAAACGGCUGAGCACCGUGGUGAACGUCGUCCCUGUCAUUGCCAAGUCUGACACUCUGACUCCUGAGGAGAAGAACGAGUUCAAACAAAGGGUGCGAAAGGAGUUGGAGACGAGCGGCAUAGAUUUUUACCCUCAGAGAGAGUUUGACGAGGACAUGGAGGACAAGAACGAAAACAACAAGAUCAGGGAGGCCAUGCCCUUCGCAGUGGUGGGCAGUGACAGAGAGUACCAGGUGAACAAUAAACGUGUUCUGGGAAGGAAGACCGCCUGGGGAGUGGUUGAAGUUGAAAACCCUAAUCAUUGUGAAUUUGCCCAGUUGCGAGAUUUUCUGAUCAGAUCUCACCUGCAGGACCUGAAGGAAGUUACUCACAACAUUUACUAUGAAACAUACCGAGCCAAGAGACUCAAUGACAAUGGGGGGCUCCACCCUCUAACCUGUCCAGCACCUACUGGUGUAUCUGAAAGCAAUGUGUGAAGAGAGAGGCAGAGGGUGAGGAAGGGGGAGUGUCUGAGAGAGAGAGAUUGAGACAGAGACAGAGACGGAGAGGCGGGGGGACGAGUAUCUUAUCCUCCAUUAAAGAUAAUGACCAAUUAACUGUAUAAAAGUAAAAAGACUGGAUUACAUUUUUUCAAGUUUAAGAGCAUCAAGUGGUCUCAGUCCACUGUAUGUAUUGAGGUGUGGAUUGCAACUGAAUUCAGUUUGAUGCCAGUAUAUUUUUCAUUCUCAGAGUAUUUCUCAGUAUUUCAGGUGUAUAUAAGACUAGAAAGAUCUAUUUCUACCUUUCCCUGAGUUACCUCAUUACUUAUAUUUUCCAACAUGUCGUGGUUUACACCAGCACUUCAUUUAUUACACCACGGCAGCUAAACUCUUUAGUGGAGGUUGUAUGCAGACUUCCCCCGUUUUUCAUCAUUUUUCAAUUAAAUAAAUGUCAUAUCAAAUAAAUUAUCAAUCUGUUAAGUCAUUUAGGGCAGAAGUUGUCAUGAAAUCCUGAAGCAAAUUGGCCCACUGAAGUAAAGUGUGGUCGGUCAUUGAUUACACAUGAGGCUAAUGCAAGUCUUUCACAACAUACAGAACUGUGCUUUAGCUCAUUGCUGUUUACUGUUCUGACUCGUGCAGUUGAUUGGUCAUAACAGCUGUUUAUGACGGGCUAAUGUGAUGUUAAAUAGAGAAUGAGUUGAGUUAGUGUUUUGAAAGCAUUUGAUUUUUCAGAAUUUGCUCUGUAGAAAAUCAAUACUGUCAAUGUCUUGCAAAAAUGUAUUUCUUCACAAUAUGAUGAUACUAAUGCACAUAUGUGAUUGCUUAGUAUGUUUCUUUUAUGUCCAAAGGGUAUUUUGUUUGUCAUCUGCAUUUUUAAAGUGUUUUUUCUGCAAAUAAAUUAGAAUACUUGAUUUAUUAUUGUGUGUUGUAAAAACAGGAUGCAUGCCAUAAACUUUUAUUUUUCCCUUUAUGUAAAUGUGCUAGGUCACUUUAUAUGAAUGCUGGUGCCUACAUUAUACUUUAGAAUGUAUUUUUAUCUGGAUGAAUAUCAAUUCAAUAGCCAAAUGUUUCUUCCCUUUUCACUCUUAAUAGGUAAAUCAAAAUCUCAGUAUGUUUUGGAUUGUAAAUAUGACUUAGUGGAAAUAGUCAUUUUUAAAUUGAUUUAUUACUGUUGUAUUUCUUGUCAGCAUGUCUGGAAGCACUAUUUAUUUCUGUUCUGGGUCCAAAAAAACUUAUUGUGACAUUGAACUCAUUUACUGAAAACUAGCUAGUGAUAAGUAAGGCAUGAUGUAAAAUUGACUGCCAAAUCAUUUUCAGAAAGAUGCCAUGUCACAUGCAGCACAAACUGCAUUUCGCCUUUUUUGCAUCAGUGCACUGUAUAUUUUUUCACUGCAAUAAAUGUUAAGGUACUGUUCAGUCCA